AUGGCUGAGACCGUGCGUUCACACGGAGAAAAAGACAAUCCGGAGGCCUGGGAUGAGACAUCAAGUGCUUGGGUGAAAGCUGCGAAAGAUUUCUUCAUCCCCCCUCUGGACUUCAGUCAUCACAAGGGCCAGAAUGGGCGCAUCUGCGUCGUGGGGGGUGCUCUGGAGUUCACCGGAGCUCCGUACUUCAGUGCGAUGGCUGCGCUGCACAUGGGGAUGGAUCUGGCGUAUAUCAUAACGACUCCGGAAGCAGCGGGACCCAUCAAAACGUACAGUCCUGAACUCAUCGUCUAUCCGAUCUUGCCCGGUCAGCUGCAGUCGGGACAGUCUCUCGAAGAUGCGCUGGUCCGCCUAGAAAACAAAGCUGGCGAAAUACUGAAGAAGUGCCACGUUGUCGUGAUGGGACCGGGCAUGGGAGCUCCUGCAAUGACAACUCCGCCUGCCGAUGAAGAAACAAAGAGAGACGCUUGCGGUGCUUCAGGCGCGAACCCCGAAAGCGGAUGCACUAUCCAACGCGCUGCACUCACUGUCUUGGAAGUGGCUAUGAAGGAGAAUAAAUUUGUGGUCAUCGAUGCGGACAUGAUUCGCGUCCUGUGCACCCCACCACAUUCGCCGUCCCUCCAAAGACUGAAGAACUACCGGCGAUGUCUGCUGACUCCGAACAGACGAGAAUUCGAACUUCUCCAGGGGGCGUUCGACUCCCUCGAGGAGCCCUGCUCUCCCCUGUCGAAUAAAUAUUUUCUUUCUUCUUUUUUCCAGGCAGUGCAGCGUGAGCAGCAGAGAAGCUGCGAUGCACCAAAGUCGGAAAACGUUUUCGCAGAUUUCUCUAGACGAUGGCAGCCGCCCCCCGAGACAGACCCAUCGCUCGCUGUUGACUCCGACGACGUAACGCACGCGAAUCGGUCACCUUCACCACCGUCUGUGGCUCCUUGUCCGUCACUCAUCUUUCUGGAUUUGUUCCCUUCCUCGCUCAAGUCUUUUGCGGGGCGUCUAGCUGACCUUACUCUCGGACUGAACGGACCGAAUUUGCUUGUGAAGGGUCCCGCAGACGUUUUCGUUGUUUUUUCACGAUUGCCGGCUCGGAGCGAACAAGUGUGUCCAGACGCCAGAGCCGCCCUCGCUACAUGCGGGCUCACGCAAAACUCCCGCGGGAGUCCAAAGCGGUCCGGGGGACAAGGCGACGUUCUCGGAGGGAUUCUUGCAGCUUUCGUUGCCUGGUGGCAAAUCGCAGCGGAAGCGAGGAACAGACACGGAGGCCUCAAGGCAGCCGCUGGACGGCUGUCGGGGUCUGCAUGCGAGAGGAUUCCAAAAAACGAGAUGGCGCACGCAGAGGGUGAGAGGCUUUCGGGUCUUGUCUUGUCCGGGGUGGACGAAGAAGCAGCAGGCCUUAUAUGUGUCAUGUUCAACGCGAGUCUCAUGGUCCGCCAAACUGCAGCUCGAGCGUUCGAGGAGCACGGCCGCAGCAUGCUCGCUGGACACCUCCUCCCUCUCAUUGGUCCCGUGUUUCGAUCGCUCUACAAAGAGUAAACUUUUUCCGAAGAAAAAACUGACGCACCUCUGUGCAAAGGGACAACACCUACUGGGCAAAGAGUAAUCGCUUAGAAAGAGUCACCUCUGUACAAAGAGCAGCCGCGUGGCAAAGCGAGAUCGAUUUUGUUUUGGGUUGCUGUAGGUGUGCCCACACCCGAGACUUCGGUCGUACCUUACACACAUCGCAAGGCCUGUGGUGU